CGAGAAACCGUCGCCGCCGCCGCCCCUCUGGCCCCGCAGUCCAUGGGGCGGGCGCGGCGCACUUGUGGGCGCGGGCAGCCCCCGGGAGCAGCUGCUUAGGCGCUGAGCUCUUGUCCCCGCAGGUCGCAGCCAGGGCAGCCGGGCGCGCCCGGCCCCGGCCCCUGGAGCGCCCGCCGCGGUCCCCGCCUCCAUGGACGCCUUCAAAGGGGGCAUGAGCCUGGAGCGGCUGCCAGAGGGGCUCCGGCCGCCGCCGCCGCCGCCGCACGACUUGGGGCCCGCCUUCCACCUGGCUCGCGCCGCCGAUCCCCGCGAGCCGCUCGAGAACUCCGCCAGCGAGUCGUCCGACACGGAACUGCCAGAGAAGGAGCGCGGCGGGGAGCCUAAGGGGCCCGAGGACAGCAGUGCGGGCGGCGCGGGCUGCGGCGGCACGGAGGACCCCACCAAAAAGAAAAAGCAGCGGCGGCAACGCACACACUUCACAAGCCAGCAGUUGCAAGAGCUGGAGGCCACGUUCCAGAGGAACCGGUACCCCGACAUGAGCAUGCGAGAGGAGAUAGCCGUGUGGACCAACCUCACCGAGCCGCGCGUGCGGGUCUGGUUCAAAAACCGGCGAGCCAAGUGGCGGAAGCGCGAGCGCAACCAGCAGCUGGACCUGUGCAAGGGCGGCUACGUGCCGCAGUUCAGCGGCUUGGUGCAGCCCUACGAGGACGUGUACGCCGCCGGCUAUUCCUACAACAACUGGGCAGCCAAGAGCCUAGCGCCGGCGCCACUCUCCACCAAGAGCUUCACCUUCUUCAACUCCAUGAGUCCGCUAUCGUCGCAGUCCAUGUUCUCGGCACCCAGCUCCAUCUCCUCCAUGACCAUGCCGUCGAGCAUGGGCCCCGGCGCCGUGCCCGGCAUGCCCAACUCCGGCCUCAACAACAUCAAUAACCUCACGGGCUCCUCGCUUAACUCGGCCAUGUCGCCGGGUGCUUGCCCGUACGGCACACCCGCCUCACCCUACAGCGUCUACCGGGACACGUGCAACUCGAGCCUAGCCAGCCUGCGGCUCAAGUCCAAGCAGCACUCGUCGUUCGGCUACGGCGGCCUGCAGGGCCCGGCCUCCGGCCUCAACGCGUGCCAGUACAACAGCUGACCGCCCAGCCGGGCCACGCGGGCCUGCGGCCGGCACCGCGCGGGAAUGGGGGCGGCCGCGGAAAGGACGCACGCAGCACCUCGGCGCGUCACGGCUCACCGCCCCGCGGGCCUCGCGCCUGCGCAGCCCCCUCCAACCCAACUCCCCCAUCUCCCGGUUGGUUUUGUGUUUGCUUUUCCGGAACCCACUCUGCCCUCAAAAAAAAAAAAAAAGAAAAAGAAAAAAAGAAAAAAAAAUCAAAACCAAAAAGACGUCGGAGAAAAGUGCCGCGAAAAACGGAUGAGUUGCAAUUUUCCUCGGGAUGGCGCGGGUGAUGUGUGUUCGCUCCCACGGGCCCCGGCGGGACUCUCCGCAGAGGGAACGCGGCGCGGUCUGCAAGCACCGAGACCCAACGGCCGGGAGAGUACGCUCUUGUAGUCCGCGUUCCCACCGCGCUGGGCUUGGACUGAGCGCCACCGGCCGGGUCGGCCGUGCCUGCGAACUAAAUACGCUGAGGCGGGCGUAGGAGCCCAGUGCCUCCCCGGACGGGCCUGAGAACCCGUGGCCCCUGAGGAGAUGAGGCACCCUCUCCAAGCCGGAUCGGGCCGAGCGCGCCUUAGCUCGAUUGGGAUCCGAGUUGGAGAGGGCGUUGGGCCUGGGAUGGCGGUGCCCAGCCUGGGAUUAGGUACCCGCCGCGGAGCCGCACACUGUCCUGGCGCGCCCGGAAGAGCUCUAGCCGGCCCUGGCCCCGGAGCCCUAUUUUUAAGGCCCGGAGCCGCGGCUGGCGGUGCGGAGGUGACGAGUGGGAUGGUGAAGGCUCGUCUCAGAGCGCUGCAGGCCCCUAGUUCAGCCGCACGCCUAGGUCCUCUGCUCCCUCCUGGGCUAUGGUGUCUACCCCUCGUCCCGGCGAACAGUCCCCCCCUCCCCGUGCGCCGUGCAAGAGUCGAGCCGGGAGAGCGCGGGGCGCGGCUAGGGCCUCGCGCCGCGCCCACUUUGCACACCCGCUCUCCGGCCCGCGCCCCUGUUUACAGCGUCCCUGUGUAUGUCGGACUGACUGUAUAGAAUUAUAAA